AUGGAAUCAUUUCUAGGUUGGCUUUUCUAUAAUUAUAGAGGAAGAGAUAGUGGUUUGAUUAUUAAUAUACCAGAGGUUGCUCGUAUUCCUGCAACUAUUAGUUUGACCAGUAUUGAUUUUAAAGAUAAUGAGCAUAUGCCUUUGACAUCAUCACCUGCAGCGCCAGAGGGUAAAAAUAUGUCACCUCAAAUUCAGUGGGAAAACAUUCCUGAGGAAGCAAAAGAACUAGUAUUGAUACUUGAAGACCCAGAUGCACCACUUCCCAAACCUAUCUGUCACUUUGUCAUCAAAGGAAUCGAUCCAAAGACAACAAAGUGCAUAAACGCAGGUGAAAUGGUUGCUUCCAAUCCAUCAAUUACAUUUGCUCCUGCUGCUUUUGGUAGACUUGGAUACCAUGGACCAAGACCAAUUAAAGCCCACGGAUCUCACAGAUAUAUUUUCCAAAUGUACGCUCUCUCUGAUCAAUUACCACAACCAAAAAACAAAGAUGAAUUAGUUAAACAAAUGAUACCUUUAAUCAUUUCAAGAGGAGUUUUAACUGGAACAUUUGAAAGAAAAUAA